GUCAUGGUUGAAAGGAACUAACUAUCUUGAUCUUCAUUACCAAAAGGUGCAUCAGUGGUUUCUAAGUGUUGAAACUUAAGGUUUCAUGACAUAAGCAGGACAACAUAACAAACGCUCAUUUUAAUUAUGCUGGCUAAACCAUACAAAUUGGAUAGGUAAAGAAUUGUGUACCUAUGUGGACCAUUAUGUCACUUGUACAGAAAUGGAAAAUACAAUUUGGACUGACAGGUGUUAAAGUGCAGUUUAAUUACCUGAAUUUAAAUUCAAGAAGAUUUUCAGGGAUUUAGUAUUACGAUGAAGACAGAUGUGAAGAUUACAGUUAUUGACGAAAAGGGGGAGAGAACCAGCAAUUCUUUUGUGAGGACUCCCACACCACCCAAAUCACCUCACAUACCCCCUCUCUCUAAUCAUGUAAUGACAAGUCAGUCCUUCCUAGAUGCAAACGAUGAUCUGUUGGUAAAGGAUUACAGUGUUUAUAAUAAAUACGAUAAAUAUGACAACAUACGCAAAAACGGAGCUCAAACAGGCAUUCAGAGUAUGUAUAUUGGCAGUGAUAAGAAAUGGAAGUUCCUUGCACCACGGUUACCAGAAGAAAAUGAUAACAAUUAUAGGCCACUAUUUUACUACAGCUGUGGCCGGCCGUCAAUGAUAUGGGAGAACAAGUCUAAUGUGAAGGAAGCCAACACGCGGGUAACAGAUUUGUCGGUACCUAAACAGCCAAGUAAAGAGUUCACUAACCAGGAAAUCAGGAUUCCUUACACCGAGCAGGACAUGAAAAGAAUGUUUCCUAAUGCCAAAAGACCGCAAUACCUGUUCAGCUGUGGAAGGUCUAGUCCAAUUUGGACGGUCCAGAAAGGGGCUCUCUCUGCAGGUGACCGCCCACGCACACAGAGCCUGGCAAACCCCCGCCCACCACACAAGGAGUUCCAGCCCAGUCGUCAAGUAGAGUCCAUUAUACCUGGAGGAGCUCUCAGUGCCUCAGCUUCUGAACGGAUACAUACCCUAGCGACACCCAAAGAGAGGCCAAAUGGGCCAUUCCGACCACCACAGUGGCCUGUAACACCUGGAGCAAGGAAUGCCAUCUCCUCCACUCGAUGUGCUGACCUUGCUCGUCCUAAGGCCACGGUGGAAGGGUACCAGCUACCACGUGACGAGAUGUGGCCUGUUACACGUGCAGCCAAGCGUGGCAGUGCAUCAGGCAGGAUUCAGGAACUAUGUAGACCACUUGUGAGAGCAUCAAUGGAUCAUGUGCAAUUUAAUCCAGACGCUUUCUUGGUUAAGGAAACAGCCUUAAAGGGACAGGUACCCAAACGUGUGGAGGAACUAUCUCAACCUAUUCAGCGCUAACAGAUCAUCUCAAUCGGGAAUUCUUGCCACUGUGAUUAAAUUUAUUGAUAUAUCCAAUCUUUGGUUUACAAGAUGCUGAUUCUAAGAAGUUUCCCUUUUGAGAAUUUGUUUAAAGGGAGAUUGUUCUUAUGUUUAUCCAGUAAGCACAAUUUGACAAGAACAGUAUUAUUUAUGUCACUAAAACAGUAUUAUCAUUAAGCUGUAUGUUUGUAUGAUGUUUAUCUGUUCUGUGUUUGUUAUGGUACUAUAUAAUGCAUUCCAUAAAAUGGAUUUGCAAUGAAAAUAUUUUACUGUAAAAAAUUGGUAAUAAAAUCUUGCUGUAAUCUGAUAACUUGUAUAUCUAGGUGUGCAAAGUGCCUACAUAAACAGCUGCUGUGAUGGUUUAUACAACCCAGUACAAAUAGCAUGCCUCUUAACACAUCAAACCUGGGCAAUUUCACAAAUCCUAAAUGAGUCAAUUUCAGUAAGAUUUUUUUUUAUCAUACAAAAAUUUCAAUAAUCAAUAAUACUAUAUAUGUAGUGUUACAGUAAUGCUUCAGGACAAAAAGAGAUAAAACGUGUACAUUUACAGUGAUAUUUGUAUUCUAAAACCAAGGAAUUUAAAUCAAGUGUGUCCUGAAAUAAGACUAGAACACUAGAUUAAUAAAUUAGACAUUGCAUUGUUGUACUUGUUUAUUAGAGGGAGACAACUCGCAAGAUGAUUUUGUGUUUAAACCAUAAAAUUUGUUUUAAAUUUUUUAUAUGUAUAUGAAUAUACUUAAAAGAAACUUUUCAUUCAGAAAAUAAUCCUCUGAGGUUAAUAGCAAACACUCUUUCUUGUAUGAUGACCUGGAAGUAUUUCCUUCCAUUGUUCCUGUUACUUGCGUGUGCUUGAGAUAUAUGUAAAACUAUACAAAUAUUUGUGUUUAUUUAUUUAUUGAAACAGAUUUCCACAAAUCAGAUCAGCGUGCUGGUUUUCCUUAUUUCAUCUGAUUAACAUUCAAUAUAUUCCUUGUGAAGUAUGAUUUGUUUGUUAACAACAGUGAUGCAUAGAAAUUAAUGAUUCAUUCAAAAUGUAUUAAUUAAAGAUUUUUCUUUUCUGGAUUUCAAAUAUUUCUACAUUGCCUUCAAAAGCCUAACUGUGUUUACUAUAAGGACCAAGGCGCUGAACUUAGUGGAACUUGAGAUUGUGCGAUGUGUUAUAAUCAUUGUUAUUAGAUAUAUGCUAUAGUUUGGCUAUGUUUGUUUCAUAUCUUAUUUUUUUCCCCAAUAUCAUUGUUACCAGGAGUGAGACAAUUGCAGCAAAUUAUCUUUACACGUGUGUUAUGUGAAUUAAAAUGUCAAUACAAUCUUC